GACGAGAUUCUGCUGUUUGGCCGAUGGACCAACGCUCACAUUUGCUCUUACUGUCGUAUCGGUUGGUUCAGGGCCGCGCCAAGCCGCGCGAUCUUUUCCAUUCAAUGCUGUGGAUACAUGAAACCUGGGAUGAAUAUCCUGUAGAUACCGAAAAGCUUCAUUUCAUCACAUGGCUUUCUUUUUGUGCUGCUGGUGAUGCGUUCCAUGAGGCAUUGGUACUUUCAAAGAAACACUCACUCUGGAUUGGAAAACCACAAGUAUUUCACAGGCCUGAGGAUUGA